AUUAACGGUUAGCUAAAGCUAGGUUAGCUAGACUAACAUAUUUGAUGAUUGUUGCCCAACCUCGCACAUAAAUACAACAAUGCUGAGGGGCUCAGUCUUAACGUCGUUAGAUCCUGCGAGGAUUGUUCGCUAAAUUAGUCCACAAUUACAGCGAUACACUUAGGCUAACUAGUCAACGUUAUCAACAAUGCCAAACGAGCUAGCGAUGUUAACUUAGGAUAACUAGCUAAGCAGUAUUCACUAGUUAAACUAACUAACUGACUAAGUUAGAGGCAGCAAUGCAUUUCUUAUUCAAAAGUCCCAAUUGCUCUUUCCUCCGGGGACAGACUGAACUGUUAGCUAGCUAGCACAACGAGCUUAACGUAUUGACUUCCAAGUUGUGGUGUUGGGACUACCCUGCUUUCAUGGCCCCUCCCUUGCAACAGCCACAUUUCCUACUGGCCAAUUUGAAAACUGACUGGGCAAUCAAGCCUCUUCUUCAGCGAUGUCAAGAGUUGGUGAAGGUGAUCGAUGACCAACCUGCCAAGGAGCUACACCUGAUCUUCCCUUGGCUGGUAGAGAGCAUAUUUGGCAGUCUUGACGGUGUCAUUGGAGGGUGGAACCUACGGUUUCUGCAGGCUCGUAACAAUGAGUAUAAUAUCGCCAUGCAGUUCCUAGACCCCAGUGGCCCAAUGAUGAAACUUGUGUACAAGCUUCAAGCAGAAGAGUACAAGUAUGAUGUCCCAGUCACUUGUCUCCCUGGACCUUUGAAGGCAUCCAUUCAGGAAGGCACCAUCCCUGAUUGUCCACUUUUUCAUAAGCUGCAGCUCCCUCUCUCUGGCCAGAUGAGUGUCAGUCUGUCCUUUAAUCCCUUUGAAUAUUACAUGUUUUAUUUCUCCCUAAGCCUCAUAACACAAAGGAAUCACCCCGGUGGGCUGCAUGUUAGCACAUCUGACAGUGCCUACUUCACUCUGGUGGACAUCUACCUGAAGUACUUCUUGCCCACUGAGGGCAACGUACCUCUGUCGCCUUUCUCAGACAUCAGGGCCACGGUUCCACCACCUGCACCCAGGUCCCCCAGUGCUCCGAUUGCUGGGUACGGUAUCUCCAGCACCAGGCUGCUGAAGCGCCACAUCUCCCAUCAGCCCUCUGGCAGCGUCGACCCUGCGGCCCAGGAGAUCUGGAGGACCGAGACCCUGCUGCAGAUGUUUGUGGAGAUAUGGCUGCACCACUAUUCUCUGGAGAUGUACCAGAAGCUCCAGUCCCCUCAGGCCAAGGAGCCCUUCAGCCCCACCGAAGAGCACGUGCUGGUGGUGAGACUGCUGGUCAAACACCUGCACACCUUCUCCAACAGCCUGAAGCCCGAGCCGGCCUCCCCCUCACCUUCUGCCCAGCCCCAGGCCAGCCCCCUGGAGGAGUUUAAACGGGUGGUAAUCUCCCGAUUUGUGCAGCAGAAACUGUACAUCUUCCUCCAGCAUUGCUUUGGUCACUGGCCCCUGGACGCCUCCUUCAGAGCAGUGCUAGAAACAUGGCUAAGUUAUAUCCAGCCCUGGAGGUACACUUCUGAAAAGAGCAAUCCCUCAUUGGACAGUCAGAACAAAAAUGUCCCUGAGAAAUGGGCCACCUUCGUACAGGAGAAUCUGCUGAUGUACACCAAGCUGUUUCAGGGUUUCUUAAACCGAGCAGUGCGCACGGACCUGGUCAACAGCAAAAACGCACUCAUGGUGUUCAGGGUGGCCAAAGUUUUUGCUCAGCCCAACCUGUCAGAAAUGAUCCAGAAAGGAGAGCAGCUCUUCCUGGAACCGGAGGACGUUCUCCACCACCGCCACCAGCGGCUGUUUCUCAGCCCCGCCCACGGCGGCAGCUUCCUGUCUUCACGGCAACCUGCGGAGGCCGACGCCGUCUUCAAGGUCAAGAGCCAUGUCUACAGCCUGGAGGGGCAGGACUGCCAGUACAAACAGAUGUUUGGGACAGAGCAGCGUAAUGCGGUGAUGCAGCUGGUGCAGCUGCUGGCCCAGGCGCAGCAGACCACAAAGCGCCUGUCGGACUGCUCGGGGGAGGCCGCUGCCAAGCAGUCCUUCCUCUCCUGGUUCGGCGUGGGUUCGUCUGACCUUAACAGCACCUACACGGGAGGAGAGCUGGACGAGACGGGCGAGAGCGGGAAGAAGACCCACGAGCAUCUGGAGAGGGCUCUGGACUAUCUCUGUCAGAUAUUUCGGCUGAAUGCUGGCCAGGUGUGUCAGCUGAUAGAAAACAUGGCAGCUGCAAAGAAUGAUGUGGGCUCCAAGCAGCUUCCUGACUGCAUUCAAGGACAAAAUGGGCUGAUCCUCACUGACCUGGGCAGGAUGCAGAUUAUCAAUGGACUGCGCAGAUUUGAGAUUGAAUAUCAAGGGGACCCAGAACUACAGCCCAUAAGAAGUUAUGAGAACGCAUUUUUAGUACGGCUGCUGUUUUGGAUAGCAUCGCUUGUAAACCAGCGGUUUGGAGGGCACAUGGGUGCACUGUGUGUGAGAGGAGACUUUCUGGGCCGUCUGGGGCAGUACUACUUCAUGAGCGACACGUCCGCAGAGAGGUGCUCGAAGAGCCCAGUGACGCGGCGUAGCCUGGAACGCCACCCGGGCCCCCGCCUCAGCCUCCGCCUGUUCGCCAGCUAUCGCACCAUCCUCGCCAUCCUCCUGCUGUACCUGCUGGGGGCGCUCUUCUCCCUCAGCGCUCUGUCCAGUACGGGCCUCAUACUGAUGGCCACGUUCAUUCACGGACUUUUCAUGACUGUCCUGCCUGAAAAGCAGAAAAAACAAUAGCACAAACGAUACUUGUGUAAGUUCUCAUGUAAAUAAAACUGUCGUAUUUUUUUUUUACUGAAGCUAUGUCUCCAUGUGAAAACGGCUGACUGAAAAACGGUCAAUGUAUUAAUAACUUUGGCAGUGUGUCACUUCCCCAAUAGAAACCUAUAGGUUUUAUGCUCUGUAGCAGCCCUGUUGUAGCAACCUUCACACACAAGUGGAAUAAAGCUCCUUUGGAGUGAGAUGACAGAA